ACGAAAUGCAACCUAAAAUUUAAUUAUAAUUUUGUGUUUAUACCUAUAUGAUAUAUUUUUAAUAGCACAUGCCGGUGAUUGUUUUAUGAAAUCCCUAUCCAUUUUCAUAACAAAAAUUGUAAACCGAUUAACCGGGUCUGACUGUAAUAAAAUAUGCCGGAUUACAAUAACAUUGUUCGCGCGAUGUUUUUCAUUUCGUUGUUCGGUUACGCAAGGGUUUUGGAGAACGGACUAGUACGUACGCCUCCCAUGGGGUGGAUGUCGUGGGGGUAUUACAUGUGCGGCACGGAUUGCGAACAAAAUCCGGACAAAUGCUUAGAUGAGAAAUUAAUCUUGUCCGUGGCAGACACAUUUUACAAUGAAGGUUACCAGGAAGCAGGUUUUGAAUAUAUCAUUAUCGAUGACUGCUGGUCCGAACAUCACAGAGACAAAGACGGAAGACUUGUGCCUGAUAGGCUGAGAUUUCCUAAUGGCAUGAAGUACAUUGCUGACUAUAUACAUUCACGCAAUCUCAAAUUCGGUAUGUACACAAACGUAGCUGAUGUCACUUGUAUGAGGUAUCCGGGCUCAAAAGGACAUUUUAAAGUCGACGCUGACACUUUUGCUCAAUGGGGUGUCGAUUAUCUCAAAGUGGAUGGGUGUUUUGUGGGAGAACAGUACUUAAAUAAUGCAUACAUACAUUUUGGUGGAUAUUUAAACAAAACCAAUAGACCUAUGGUAUAUUCAUGUAGCUGGCCCUAUUACAUAGAGUUUAUACACAAUAGGAAGCCGGAUUACCCUACUAUAUCAAAACACUGUAAUCUAUGGCGGAAUUACCAUGAUGUCGUGACAUCUUGGAGCGCGGUCAAAAACAUUAUCCAGCACUACGAAGAUGAAUAUUCUGGUUUGGAAAAGUACCACGGACCCGGUCAUUGGAAUGACCCGGAUAUGCUAAUUUUCGGUACCGAUUCCCUGACAGAAGCACAAAGCAAAAUACAUAUAAGUGUUUACGCAAUGCUCUCGGCGCCUUUGCUCUUGAGUUGCGACAUGACCCGAGUGAAGGGAUACGAAAAGAACCUGCUCUUGAAUUUGGACCUCAUGGCGAUCGCUCAGGAUCCGUUGGGGAUCAUGGCUCGACCUUAUAGGAUUGAUUACAUAACUUUAUGGGUGAAACCAAGGAUGCCGAGGAAGGGCGAUAUAUACCCGUCCUACUCGUUCGCCCUGGUCAAUGUCAGCGGUCAGAAACGUACAAUAACCGUGAGGCCUUCGAACUACGGCCUCAAUUGUACUGACGGGUACAGCGUGAUGGACAUUUUUAGUAAGAGAUUUUUGAAAAAUAUAACUUUUGAAGACAGCAUCGACGUGACCGUUCCUUCUGAAGAUGUCAUAUUAUAUACUUUGUUCCCGUUGUGAUAAAUACAUACAGCUGAAACUAAACGAAGUACUUAAAAUGAUUGUGAUUAUUAAAUAAUUCAUCCAA